UCGACUCUCUGCUGUGAGAGACUCUCCCCACUCCUUGCUUCAAUGCCGGGAACCAUUGAUCAUCGUGGGAGACUCUCCCAGCCUGUAUUGUCAGCCGUGACUCUCCGCUGUGUUGUAGCCAGUGGCAGUUGAGGCAGGACACACUGUUCACCACCAUGUAGUACCAAGUGUUUCAUUACCUUCUCGAUCAAUAUAAGCUCGCUCGAUCGAUGGAUUCAGGCCGGUAUUUCAAUCAAGGUAUUCUCAACGAUUUCUUGGAGAGAUAGGAAUGAUGCUGUGAUUUCAAGCCAAAGAUAGGUUUGUUAUUUUUCACUCGGUGGAAUCUCGGUCACUGUUGGAGUGUAUUCUAAUGUGCCGACAGGUGCUUUUAGGAGAGCCUCAUUGUAUGGAUUACUUCAUCGUGUUUUCUCUCUAAAUGCCAUAGACUGAGGACCCAACACCGGCUUGUCGAUUCGCUGACAGUGCUUUCACACGAGAAUGGUGCACGAAUAUCGCCUCUCUUCACAUUCAGUUUAGUUCUAAAGCUUGCUUUCUUUCUUUCGAUAUGUGGCAUCUUCAUUGGUGAUGGAUCACGGCGAUCGAUCUAGUAACUGCUGAAUUCACGAAUAUCGAUCACUAGUUUUCGGAUUUGACCUGUCCAUGUGAGACCUACACUGACUAAAACCUGUACGGUUUCUACAAGUGUUUUAUCCAGGCAACAUGAUAUAAGAUAAACACCAGUCGUUACAUUCUGUGCAUUCUGAGAUUAUUCAUAUCACGAGUAUCAUUCAUGUGUGAUUGCUUCAUGAUGGAAAUGAUAAGUCUAUAUCAUCGAUAAUGUGAUUGCACUGUAAGACUCAGCCUGAAGCAUCAACGAUACAGCACACAAGAUGGAGAUUAGAGCGGUUUAUUUGACAGCUGUGCUGAUCCUGGCCGUUGCUAUGGUUACCGAGUCGUUCCUAAUGAAGCGCAGGCCUAACAAAUAUAGAUACAAGAAACAACGGUUUCGCUACGACGAUGAUGAUGACUACAAUGAGACCACAAUGGGUGUGGUCCCGGAUGAGCAGCGGCUGUAUCAUCACCUCAUGGCGGGAUAUGAAAACUCAGUCCGGCCCGUCAUGAAUGCCUCAAAAACAGUCAUCAUCAAGUUUGGACUCAGACUCAAUCAGAUCAUAGAUUUGGAUGAGCGUCACCAGGUACUCACCACGAACGUCUUCAUCGACCAGGAAUGGGAGGAUGAGAACCUCAAGUGGAACGCCAGUGAAUAUAACAGCAUCAAAUCACUGCGGAUACCUGCCCACGAUGUGUGGCUGCCCGACACUUUCAUCUUCAACAAACACUAUAUUAGUGCUGACGAUGGCUCGACCGGCUUCAUGCAAGGUGUACACGUCCUUCUCGACGAGAACGGAACAGUCCUCUGGCCCGUACCAGUCAAGCUCAAAAGCUCCUGCAAAGUUGACAUCACCUACUUCCCUUUCGAUGACCAAGUCUGCAUCCUUCGUUUCGGCUCCUGGAUAUACAGCAUCUACUGGAUGGAUUUUAUAAGCACCCACGAAUCGGCUGACCUUGACCUUUACGUUGAUAACAGUGAAUGGGAGCUGCUGUCGGUCUCGUUGGAAAAGAAGGUUGAAAGGACGACCACAACGAAUAGUGAACCACGUGUCGAUUUAACCUACACGCUUCACAUCCGCAGAAGGACUUUCUAUUACAUCUUCAACAUCAUUGUGCCAUGUGUGAUGCUGUCUGUGCUGACACUGUUGACCUUCUGGCUGCCCUCGACCUCGGGAGAGAAGGUGACCUUGGGCCUGUCCGUCUUUCUGGCCUUCUCCAUGUUCAUGCUGCUGAUUGCUGAAGAGGUGCCUGCCACGUCCGAGUCAGUGCCUCUUAUAGGCAUCUACCUGACCACUGUGAUGACGAUGACGUCAGUAUCAGUCAUCCUGGCUGUGAUUGUCAUCAACGUCUACAAUAAAGGCUACAAGUUCCGCCAGGCCCCCGGCUGGUUACGUGUAGGCGUACUCAAAUACCUCUCCUUCAUCACACACAUGAGCCAUGACAUAGAGUCACUGGCUAAGCUAAUAACGCUGCCAGAUGAGUUAGAGGAGAAAAAGGAAAGAGAGAACGUUAAGAAGGAUAGAGCUAACGGUGGUCAUAGAGGGAGUCAACACCAGGUCUACCCGCUCCGCUGGGAGUACCAGAAAGCCAUGGAGAACCGCCUCAGCGAUGCGUCAGACAGUCCAUGGCGGGAAAACAACAGUGUCAACAGGCGCUAUCAACAGCGCCGCACCGAGUCGUGCGAACCUAGCGAGAGUGACGUCAUGGAGACGUCAUUGAUGAACGAACCAGAUGACGAGAACCAAAAUUUUAAUCCGGAAGCAGACAAUUCUGACCAAAACGAGGCUUUGACAGAAGCGCCGUCUGACGAGAGUGAGUUAAGCGAAAAGAAAAUCGAGUUCAUGCGGCAGAAAAGGAUAAUUGCCGAAUGGCAGCGGAUUGCUGCGGUAAUUGACAGAAUGUUAUUCUGGGUUUAUUUCUUCGGCACAAUAUUUGCAUACGUCACCAUUUUAUGUAUAGUUCCUAACUCGAAGCCGACCACUGGCAGUGAGCCGAUGACUUUCCAUGCCAGUUCACAUGGAAGUGGGGCAACGCCGAAUAAGUAUCUCUCGGAGACCUGACAGCGAACGCAAUGCAAGCAAGCUGUUCCGUUCUGCUCCUUCGUGUCCUAUUAGAGAUUGUGUGAUGCGGACGCAGCGUCCAACGUAGUUUUCGCAUUGGUCUUGAAUACCCGUAUGGUGGUUUUAGUAGAAUGAUUUGGCCGAAGUAGGUUCACAUAAUUGUUACCGAUACAUCCGGAAGUGCUGUUUAAGUCCGUCACACGAAAUCACGGUUUGUCUCCGUCUCAAUCAGAUUCUGUAACAGACCCGAGAUGUUUCGCCCCCAGGAACAUAAAUCCGUCGAUUGAAACGGCGUUUUCUAAGUUUAACAUUAAGGCUGUGACGGACGGAGACAACCAUAUGGACAGGAGCAGGGACUCCAUACCUAAAGACAAAUAUUCACUAGCACUUCUUGUGAUACUCCAUUCGUACGACCGUCGGCGAUGGUUUUUCGAAGUGUAGGCCUAUCAGUCGUUUUGUUCAGCUAUGCGACUCCAGUGUAUCGAGGUAAACCUCACACAGUGGAAGAGAUUACUUGGAAGGAGGGUUACUUUCUUUUAUGCAAAUUCGAUUGUUAGGUAGGGCUACAAUCUCAUUUUAGGCGAUUGGGCGAAUCGUGAUUUGAAUUUCAUCAUGGUCUGAGGCGAGUCCUCGCCAGUGUAAAGAAAACAUUAAAACCAGUUUCAAGGUUGAAUAUUGACUUUGGCUGCUUAAACCAUGAAA